AUGAAGUUCAUGAACUCCGUGAUAUCUGCUUCUAUACUCGGCCUAUUUGCUACAGUAUUUGCUGGAAAGGUUUAUAAAUGCUCAACUAGUAAAGAGAUUCUUGAAGAAACCGUCAACGCCGCCGUCGAAAACGAGCUAGCUUUACUGGAUAAUGGCCAAAAUACCAAUGUGAUUGUUGGGAAUCUUAUCAGGGUUGGACUUCUGACCCAUUUGGUUGAUGACGUUCAAUAUGAAAUUACAGCUUAUAUCAACACACAAGACAGAACAUUCCAAGUAUAUGAGGAGAGAGGUAGACCUCAAGUAUGGAAAUAUGCAACCUAG